UUUGCAAAUCUUUUUAAUUCACUAUAUCUCUUGGUAAGGUUAUGAUGAAACGUUCUAGUCGCCAAUUUGGCGACUAACUUUCAGGAUUUGGUCGCCAAAGUGAAAAAUUUAGUCGCAUUGGCGCCUGUAUUAGGCGCAGUUUCACGCCCUGCUGUAUAUCAGGAUUGUAUAUGGCACCAAAAUGUCAAAUAGCGUGAGUGGCGGUAGAGAUUGUUUCAGCGACAAAGAACGGAUCUUAUCCUCCAAGGAGUUGAAUCUGGGGAUAAAGUUUUAUGCUGGCGAGUGAUUUUAUACUAGCCAACUUAACACUGGACAUCGGUAAGGUUUUAGAACAAUUUAGUUCCCGCUGUCGAUACUAACUAGCCUUUGCUGUUAGUCCAAUUAGACUCAAAGGAUUCACAGUUAAACCAAAAAAGCGACGAAACUUUCGCCCGCGCAGGCAAACGUGCUGAGCCAACGAAUUUCUAACACGCGUGCAGUCAUUCCGAACAACUGCCUCUUUUCCGCUACAAGAUAUUGAUAGACCGGUCUUCGGUCUUCGGUCUUCGGUCUUCGGUCUUCGGUCUUCGGUCUUCGGUCUUCGGUCUUCGGUCUUCGGUCUUCGGUCUUCGGUCUUCGGUCUUCGGUCUUCGUUUUGUAGACACCUGUCAUGUCACCCGUGAAAACGCGAGGUCCCAUCAUGCCUUUUACCCUCGGCUGACAACAGAAGACUCAUCCUAUGCUAACGAUGGCGGUAAACCAAAGCAUUAGAAUCAUAUCAGGUUUAAAACCUUGUUCGAGAUCUUUGUUCUUCUCUCAAUCGAGUUUAUUAAAGAGAACUUGUCGCAAACUACUUCAGAUCGGCAAUUAUGGGGAAUAUAUCGUGACACGAAGGUACUUAAGCAGUUUGUAUGCUAGUGGAGUCAAUGUUGGUGAGGAGCGGUCUGGAGUUCCAGUGAUUGAUUUGAGAAGUGACACAGUGACUAGACCCACUGAUGAAAUGAGGGCUGCAAUGUCUACCGCACAAGUUGGCGAUGAUGUCUAUGGAGAAGAUCCGACAGUGAAUGGUUUGUAUUUUAUUUUCAUUUUAUUUUUCUAAUGGAGAGAAUGACUUUAUAUGGCGGCUUGAGUAGAACGUAGCUUGGGGGUUAGGAUUAGGUAAGGCCGAUUACCGGACAAAUAUUCUGUAAAUUUCUGGAUUUGACAAGCAAAAGCUUGGCCGGGUCGGACAAUCUCGCCAUAAAUGUCGGAUAUAAUAAGGAAGGUAUUUAAGUUGCAGCAGGCAGCCGAGAUAUGGAACGGUCGAUUUGUUAUGUUUUCUGUUCCCAUAAUCUGAACAUCUACUCAAGCAGCACGUCAGCAAAAAGUGUAUCCAUGCGGUAACGAACCCGUAUGUGACCUUUGACAGGGCAACAGAACAGCGGGGAUCAGUUUUGUGAAAUCUCGAUCGUCCAAGGGAAAACUACUUGUCCAAUUUGUUUGACUUCAACAAGAGUCCAACCUAACAUUUGCGUGUGUGUCGGUGCUAUAGCCACAUUGGUCAUGCUCUACUUUCCUCUUUUUUCCCAUUAGCAUCCUCUCAGAUAUCCACCCAAUUUUUCUUUGGUGCCCAUAAUUCUCUUAGGUCAACAGCUCUACUAACAGACACUUUUUCCAAUUCCCAAGGGUGUCCACUCAGGAGAUAGUAUCAAAAUAGUUGAGUGCCGCACAUCAUGUAAUAGAUCUAAUUAUGCAACAAGACCUCCAAAGGAAGUGAAAUUUUUUUAGAAAGGGUCUCAAAGUAAAUUUCAAUCAGUUUUCAAGUCUCUAAUGUUGUUGUUAUUGUUCUUCUCCUCCAUCUAAUGAAAUCUCUGUCUGCCGAGCAAGUAAACUGCCUUCCCUCCCUCCUCACAUAUUAUGUGUCAGUGAAAUAUUCUGAAAAACAUUUAAAGAAAUUUUAUACUCACUUUGUCUGGCUACACGGUGGUACAUUUUGUAGGCUAAAAUGGAGAUUAAAGAUGUUGAAGUGUGUCAAAAUAUGUUAAUAGAUUCCUCUCUCUAGAAUUCAAAUUCCACAUGCUGAUAAAAAAUUUUUUGUCCAACCAGACUGACCUCUCGGUCCUUAGUCAGACAAAAGACCACCUUUUUAUCAAAAAUUAUUUGCAGGCUUUUGAUGCUCCAUUCUAGUCCAUGAAUCAUACCUACACUUUAUGAGAACUAUUGAUUGUGGCCUUUAUAGGAAAACAUUUUAUUUGACACUGAUUCUAUUGAACCCAUUUGGUGACAGCUGUGUUACUGCUCUUUUAGGCUUUUCAUUUAAAUUUAAUUUGAUAUAUUUUAUUAUCUUGUUAAUGAGCAGGGUAUUGAACAAGUAGUUCAGAUUUGAUUCUGGCUUGAGAUGUUAUUGUAUUUGCAUGCAAGUGCAUGAUGUGCCUUUGUAAAAGUUGGUUGUUAGACUGAUCCUAAAUGGUUACUUGUAAUGGUGGUUGGGGAACAUGCAAGACACUUGCAUGUAAACGUAUAUACUUUCAUAGUUCUCUAAAAGUAAGUAUUAAAUAGUACUAUAGAUAAUAGAUGAUGGUCACCAUCAUUUAAAACAGUCUCUGUGUAGGUUCUCAGGAAUUUUUUUCCUUUUUUCAUUAGAACUACAGGCCAAGGCAGCAGAUCUGACUGGUAAAGAAGCUGCCCUAUUUGUACCCAGUGGAACAAUGGGGAAUUUGAUAUCAGGUAAUUUUUUAAGAAGUUUACUAUUUACCAGCUUAUUUAUUUAUGGGGCAGACCUGUUUGGAAAUGAUUUUAUGCAGGCAAACAGUUUUGUUGCUUUGGGAAUUUUGUAUGAUAUUAACCUAAACCUUUUGGAUGAUCAGGCUUUUGACAUUAAACAGACCUCUCCCAAAAUUGUUUUUUAAAAUAGCAGUAACAAGGCCAAUGGCUUAGCAAAAGCCAAUACAACUGAAGGGAGGAUUGUGUACUUUUGGUAUUAGUGUCACCUUCACUGGGCAAAUUUGUUAAUUAUUGAUAACUACAUGUAUGGUAAAUAUUAUUUUUAUCAUAAUAUCAUCUUUCAGUAAUGGGGCACUGUCCUGGUCGAGGAGAUGAGAUACUUGUUGGUGACAUGGCUCACAUCAUAUUAUGGGAGCAGGGAGGAGUCGCACAAUUGGCUGGUGUUCAUUCAAGGCAGGUGAACACUAAUGUUGAUGGUACAUUGGACUUGGCAGACAUAGAGAAAAAAGUGCGUUCACCAGGAGAUGCACAUCAGCCAUCUAGCCGUUUGAUUUGUGUUGAACAGACACAUAAUGCUAGCGGAGGCAGGGUGUUGUCAUUGGAAUAUUUACAAAAGGUAUAAUCAGCAUUAGGAUUCUAUCUUUUUUAAUUGUAAUUAAGAAAAAGGUGGGAUUUUCUGUAGUUUCAAGUGAAUCUUCUCAACUUUUACAGCAUCAUACAAUAGUUUACCAUAACUGUUUUGUACCUUUAAGAAACUGGAACAUGAUUUUCUUCUAUAAUUAAAGAGACAGUGAGGAGAGGCAUCAAUUGUCAAUUUACUUAUCUCAGUACUUCUUUCCUUUUUAUAUGCAAAAAAUCUGCAAAUGAGAAAGCACUCUGAAUUUAUGAUAAUAAGCAUUGAAAGAAUUAAUUUUGAAUUUCACGUUGAUGGUUAGGAUAGAAUUCUUCUUUUAUUAAACGUUUGAAUGUGUCCUUUAGUAGCAUGUCGUAAUGAUGUGGGAUAUUGAUCAAAUGAAGCCUUUAAGUGCUACUGUGGUUCUUUCUUUAUUCGCCGCUUUCGCCAUUCUACGUUCUAUCAUCCCUGAUGAUGCCGUAGAACGGCGAAAGCUCGGAGUGAAUAAAGAAAGAACCACAGUAGCACUUAAAGGCUUCAUUUGAUCAAUAUCCCACAUCUCCUUUUAUUAUUAGACAGUAGUCUGUAACAGGGUGAGGUAAAAGGUACAUACUGUAUAAUGGAAGUUACGGAUAGACUCAUACAUGGAAAUCAAAUAGGGUUGUUGUCCAAGUAGCCUGUAGAGGUGCUCGCUUUCCACAACUGUCAUCUUAAAGAGAGUUUUGAUGGUUUUAUUAGGCACACUGAUUGAUGUAUAGCAAAGGAAUUUUAACCCUUUAAACCCUAAGAGUGACCAGCAUCUAAUUUCUCCUUCCAAUAUCACCCCUGAAUCAAACAUUGAGGUCACAAGAAUCAAGGAAUGAUCACCAACUAAAAAAGCUCCUGAUUGUUAAACAAAUUCUCCUUGUCAGGGCCUUAGGAAUUGUACAGAGAACAGUGUGGAGAAUGUGCAUACUGAUGUUAGGGUGUAAAGGGUUCACCUGUAGCAGCAGUACUCUUGAGAGAGGGAGGCUCAUUCUCAACCUACAUUACCACUUUCAAUGAACCAACCUGAAUAAUUAUGUUAUCAGCUUAAAGAUGUUGCUGCAAAACACAACCUUAAUAUUCAUAUGGAUGGUGCAAGACUCUUCAAUGCUGCUACAGCCCUUGGUGUUCCUGUGGCACAGGUCACUAAGCAUGUUGAUUCUGUCACUUUCUGUCUUUCAAAGGUAACAAUAUAUUCUGUUGGUGAAUGUUGUUUUGUUUUGCAUGAAUUUUCUAAAUACAAGGUUUAAUUGCUCCACAGUGAUUACAAUUUUUUGUCUUCUUGAAGUCAUGAAGUGUUCAUUUUAUUCUGCAAUACUGCAACUAUAUUGUACAUUGCAGUGUUUGAUUUAGGUGAGUGAAGAAAGAAAAUGAAUCUAAUAACAAAUUUACUUUCUUUAUAUCCCAGAGACAUGUACCUCCAUUCUUGGAUUACAGAUGGGUUCUUGGUUUUUUAAGAUAUAUGACAGGAUUUCACCAUUUCCCACACUUGCGGAUUGUUGAGUUAGCCCCUUUAAACUCCCACAAUCUAGUUAGCACAUGUAUUUCCCUCUAUGUACUUUUUGCUAUAAUAUAAAUUCCCUUGUAACUUAGAAAAGAGAAUUUGAUUCUCACAUUCAAAGUAACACCCUCAAUUUGUUUUCAUUACCUGUUUGUAAGAUGGCAUAUUGGAAUUACAAGGUUGCAUUAUUUGUUAAUCACAUCUGAGAGUUUUAAGGUUUAUGCAAUGAAAGGUUGUUUAGUUCUAAUUUUCUUGUUUACAUUUCAUGUAGGGUCUGGGGGCUCCUGUUGGCUCAGUAAUAACUGGAGAUAAAGAUUUCAUUUCAAGGUAAAGCAUCAAACAUGAUAGUAACUGAACUUUUACUGAAAGGAAAAAUUCCAAGUGAUGAAGAUGAGUGCAUGAUGUGGUACUAAGGAGCCUAGAACUCCUUUUUGAUAAAUUAGUUAAGUUAAACUAGUCAUGUCCCACUCCAAAUUACUUUAUAUUCACUCAGUGAAAUGAAGAAUUAAAGAAUUUGAUGAGAAUUCAGGAAUUAGUGAAGACCUUGGAUUGCAGUCAGUCUCUUAACUUCAAAACAUGUUCCUAUUCUAUCAGAGAGGAAAUAAUUUUUCUUUUAUAUUUUUUAUUCAGCUGUAUUUAUCAAUGAAUCUGAUGUCAUUGGUGAUGAGAGGAGUUAAAUGUCAUUGUAGCUUUUUAUUUGCACUAGUUGCAUGUCAUGCUAUAAAGGAAAAAAUUACACAUGUACCCAAAAAAAAAGGUUCUAAAUUUGACAAAAGUCACCAAAUUCAUUUAACAGGUGCCUGCGUCACAGGAAAGUUCUUGGGGGUGGAAUGAGACAAGCUGGUGUAUUAGCUGCUGCAGGGAUUUAUGCAUUAGAUAACAUAGUUCCAAAACUUAAAAGAGACCAUGCUAAUGCACAGAUUUUUGCUAAAGGUCAGUAUUGUAUUUCAUCUUCCAAAGCCCCUGGGGUAACUUUUAAGCCCUGCAAGUCUCACACUACCCAGACUGCCAUAAUGGCCGAAAAUCAAGUCAACCAACCUCCCGAUCCCGCAUUUUUUUAAAGUUUCUAUUCUACAAAAGCGCGCACGGGGCGUUAUGGACCAUCUAAUGGAAGUUUUCGAGAAGUCAGUUCAGAUUUAUCAUCCUUAUCAUUUCUGUUUCUACAGGAAUUCACGAAAUGAAAGAUCUUGGACUGGAUGUAGAUCUUAAGAGCGUGGAGACCAACAUGGUGUACUUCAGUGUCAACCAUCCCACAAUCUCACCCAUAGAACUUUCCAAACGCAUGCUCAUGGUAUCUGAUGACGAACCAACGGAAACAAGAAUAGCAGUUAGAAUUUUGACCGCUCGAAAAGGAACAAUACGAGUGGUUCUUCAUCACCAGGUGUCUGAGGAUGAUGUUUAUGUGACUUUACAAAAAAUGAAGUACAUCUUAGCCUCGUGAUGCGUGAUGCGUGAUGCGUGAUCAGGGCGUGAAAUUAACUUUUUUUUCUGAUAGCCACUUGGCUCCUAAAUUCUUCAAAGUGGUAGCCAAUUCAAAAAAAGUUGGUCGCCAUUUUCAAAGACAAACAAAAUCUUUCUUUACGCUGUCAGCGUUCUAGAUAGACCCUCCAAAAU